AUGAUCCUCGAAACUUUUACCCGAAUAUUCGUCAAUGCAGACGCGUUGCAAAACACCGUCGAGACUUACACGUCUCUCCUUGCAGGGCAGCAAACGAUGCGUUUCUCAUAUCCAGAGACGGGCCUCGAGCUUGCCGCAGUCUCGUCCGAGCACCUCAGCGUCCUAAUCAUUGCCGGUUCUGCAGAGCACAUUGCAGCAUUCACAGAAACUCGCCUCACCAUCAAGGUCGACCGACUGGAGCCGUAUGUGGAUAUCCUCGCAAAUGCUGGGGCCACUCAAUUAGAUCAGAUCCAGAAAACGCCUGUGGGCAGAAAGAUGCGAUUUCGACAUGCGGACGGGAUGGUGGUGGAGUAUGUGGACCAUGAGGCGAAGAAAUAG